AUGUUCAAUUUUCCGGGCCGUAUUGCCUGGUGCGCUAUGGAGAUCCUCGGGCCCAUCAACUUGAUCUACAACCUGAUGCUUCCAUCCAUCUACUCGCCCUCAAUCGGUGACCUCCCAGCUUCAAAUAUCAUGGUUGCAUCAAUGUAUUGCAUCCACUACUUCAACCGUGCAAUCAUCUCCCCCUUUUUUGCGGCACCGAGCAUGUCCCCAAUCCACCUCUUCAUCAUGUCCUCUGCCAUGCUCUUCAACUGGUUCAAUUCUUCAUGUCUCGCAGGCUGGCUGCGGGGAUACACUAUUCCCACGAUUCCACUCUAUCGAAGUGCCUCCCGCUCCGCCACAGUGGACCUAAUCCCUACCAUCGGGGUCAUUCUGUUCGCAAUCGGCAUGGCCGGCAACAUCUACUCUGAAAGAAUGCUCUUUCGACUCCGGCGAGAAGAAGCCGAAAAGCGAACCAAGAAAACCGAUGACGCAGGUCCCAAUAAAUAUCACAAAGUAUAUGUCAUCCCCCCUGCCCAAGGGGUCUUCCGCUACAUCCUGUAUCCGCAUUAUGUCUUUGAGUGGCUCGAGUGGCUCGGCUUUGCACUGGCCGGGACUUCCGUAGUCCCGCUUUCUGACCUGCCACCUGCGCCUGCUGCGGCCAUGACUCCUCCACUACGACUUGCGCCUUGGUUGGUUCCCGCUGCGUGGGUCGCUGGGAAACUUGCUGUGCCCCUGCCCUUGCCGGCCGUUGUCUUUGUCAUCAAUGCCGUGGCGAAUAUGCUGCCCCAUGCGCGAUGGGGACGGGUGUGGUACGUUGAGAAGUUUGGAGAGAAGGCAGUUGCUGGAAGAGGCGCGGCUGUGCCUGGGUGCGCCUGGAUGUAA